UGUUUGUUUUGAUGGUUACUCUGACAUUAUUGCAUUCAUUCAUGCAUUUGAUUCUCCUUCCUAUCUUAUUAUUAAUACCCUCCUUCACUUCCUCUCUCUGCAAUCUUUCAUUACACAACCUUCUCUUACUGCAAUGGCUUCAAAAGCCUUAACCACUGGUUCUCACUCCCGAAACGGACACCGUUUUUCACACUGCGACUCGGAUGAGGAAAAUAGAGACUACAAUCAGCAGAAGUGGAAACACAAUGAUCAAGCUUUAUCUUCGGCUGGAAGUGUUGCUAGUAAGGAUUUUGAAGAGCAGAAAGAAUUCGACUAUAAUGAAGAGAAAGGGAAAGGAAAACAAGAAAAGAGAAGUCUUAUGAGCAAUGACAUAGGGGAAGAUGAUUACCUUUUGGCUGAGUCGAGGCAGCCACUGUGGCGAAAAAUACCGAUAGCUUCAAGCCUAAUCAAUCCGUAUCGCAUAGUCAUAGUCACGCGUCUCGUUGUCCUAGUUUUCUUCUUCCACUUCCGCAUCACAACACCGGUGCACGAUGCAUAUGCCUUAUGGAUAAUCUCUGUGGUGUGCGAAAUAUGGCUCUCUUUGUCUUGGAUAGUAGACCAAUUCCCCAAGUGGUUCCCCAUGACUCGCGAAACUUACUUGGAACGCUUGUCCAUGAGGCUUGAGCGCGAAGGCAAACCAAACCUUCUAGCUCCAAUAGACGUCUUUGUUACCACUGCAGACCCUUUGAAAGAACCACCUAUUAUUACAGCAAACACAGUUCUAUCAAUCUUGUCUGUUGAUUAUCCUGUUAACAAAGUUAGCUGCUAUGUCUCUGAUGACAGUGCAUCUAUGCUUCUAUUUGAUACCUUAACAAAAACUUCUCAGUUUGCAAGAACUUGGGUUCCCUUUUGUAACAAGUACAACAUUGAGCCAAGGGCACCUGAGUCUUAUUUCUCUCAGAAAGUUGAUUACUUGAAAGACAAGGUUCAUCCUACUUUCGUAAAGGAUCGCAGGGCCAUGAAGAGAGAGUAUGAAGAAUUCAAGGUGAAAAUCAAUGUACUAGUGGCAAAGGCUCAGAAAAAACCAGAAGAGGGCUGGGUGUUGCAAGAUGGUACUCCAUGGCCUGGAAAUAACACUGACAAUCAUCCAGGAAUGAUUCAGGUUUGUCUGGGAAGUUCCGGUGCACUAGACAACAAAGGCAAGGAGCUACCACGACUUGUGUAUGUUUCACGCGAGAAAUGUUCCGGCUAUCAACACCACAGGAAAGCUGGUGCCAUGAAUGCUCUACUUCGAGUUUCUGCUGUUCUUAGCAAUGCACCUUUUGUGUUGAAUCUGGAUUGUGAUCAAUACAUCAAUAAUAGCAAGGCUCUUAGGGAGGCUAUGUGUUUCCUAAUGGACCCUCUACUUGGAAAGAAGGUCGCUUACGUCCAAUUUCCACGAAGGUUUGAUGGAAUCGACUGCAACGAUAGAUAUGCUAAUCACAACACUGUAUUCUUUGAUAUCAACAUGAAAUGCCUUGAUGGGAUUCAAGGUCCAGUUUAUGUUGGUACUGGAUGUGUUUUCAACAGGCAGGCAUUAUACGGCUAUAAGCCACUAUCUGAUAAAAGGCGAAAGACGAGCUUUUGUUGUUGGCCUUUAUGCUGCUGCUGUUGUUCUGGUGACUCUCCCUCCGCGUUUGAUGGUGAAGAGAGUGAUGAUGAACUUGAAAACUGUAAUGAGCAAGAGGAAUCAUCCUUCAUGUCCCUCAAAAUAUUUGAGAGAAAGUUCGGAGAGUCACCGGUUUUCAUCGCUUCUGCCUUGAUGGAAGAUGGUGGACUUCCAAAAGGCACGAAUACCCAAAUACUAAUGAAGGAAGCCAUUCAUGUUAUAAGUAUUGGCUAUGAAGAGAAAACUGAAUGGGGCAAAGAGAUAGGGUGGCUUUAUGGUUCAGUGACAGAAGAUAUCUUGACAGGGUUUAACAUGCAUUGUAGAGGAUGGAAAUCAGUGUACUGCAUGCCUAAGAGAGCAGCUUUUAAAGGAUCUGCUCCUAUAAACCUAUCAGACAGAUUACACCAAGUUCUGAAAUGGGCUUUGGGUUCUACUCAGAUUUUCUUCAGUGGCUAUUGUCCAUUGUGGUAUGGCUAUAGUGGAAAACUAAAAUGGCUUCAACGGCUGGCCUACAUGAAUACUAUCGUUUAUCCGUUCACUUCAAUUCCUCUGUUAGUCUACUGCACAAUUCCGGCUAUCUGUCUUCUCACUGGAAAGUUCAUCCUCCCCACUCUGACAAACCUUGCAAGCAUUUGGUUAAUGGCUCUAUUUAUCUCUAUCAUUUUAACUUGUGUGCUCGAGCUCCGUUGGAGUAAGGUUAGCAUUCAUGACUGGUGGCGCAACGAGCAAUUCUGGGUCAUUGGAGGUGUUUCUGCACACCUUUUUGCAGUGUUUCAAGGCCUCCUUAAAGUUGCAGGACUAGACGCAAAUUUCACUGUGCGAACAAAAUCAGCGGACGGCGAUGAAUUUGGGCAGCUCUAUCUCUUCAAGUGGACCACUCUUCUCAUCCCACCAACAAGUAUUGUAAUCUUGAAUAUGGUGGGAAUUGUUGCUGGAGUCUCUGAAGCCAUUAACAAAGGUUAUGAUUCAUGGGGACUUUUGUUUGGGAAGGUUUUUUUCUCCUUCUGGGUCAUUGUUCACUUGUAUCCUUUCCUCAAAGGUCUAAUGGGAAGGCAAAACAGAACACCCGUCAUAGUAAUUCUCUGGGCAACACUUCUAGCAUUGAUUUUCUCGAUGAUUUGGGUGCAGAUCGAUAUUUUCUUGCCCAAGCACAAAGGUCCAGUACUCCAACAAUGCGGGGUAGAAUGCUAAGGCCGUAGAAAAGGGGUGUUCUUCCCAUUUCAUCUGAUGUUUGUUGUUUCACUUGAGUACUUACCUUUAUGAGAAAGUGAAGAAUCAAUAUUUAUGAUGCAAGAUUCAUCAAUUAAUUGAAAAGUAAAGAUAGCUUUGUAACAUAUGAUAUGAUUUCUUAUCAUCAUCCUAGAAGCAUGAAAUAUGAUUUAUGGUGCAAGAUUGCUUUGUAAUGUUAUCAUUGAAUCAUGAUAUGAUUUAUGGUGCAAGAAUCACCUGUAAAUUAAAAAUUAAAAUCUAAAGACUGUUUUGUAACAUAUAUGACAUGA